AUGACACGGGCGAGAACAAAGGCAGACGAGGCAGCUGUGGUGUCGGCAGUGGAAACAAAUCUGGCCUCCAAAGACAGUCACUGGGUGUUCGUCAACGAGGAAAUCAGCGACACAGAGAUCCUGGAGCUUACCCACAGUGCACUGGGGCGCAUGACGGUGAUCCGGCAGAUCUUCCCCUUGCUGAAGGACAGCAGCACCCGCUGCAUGAGGCAGAACCACCGGAUCUCCUCGCUGCUGUGUGACCCGCAGGAAGGACACCUGCAGAACCUGGAGGUGUCCAACCUCUACCUGUACGACAGCGUGCUGAUGCUUGCCAACGCAUUCUACAGGAAGCUGGAGGACAGGAAGUGGCACAGCAUGGCCAGCCUGAACUGCAUCAAGAAGACCACCAAGCCCUGGAACGGCGGCUGGUCCAUGAUGGAGACCAUCCAGAAGGGAAAUAUCACAGGUCUGACAGGUACGAUGGACUUUAAGGACAACGGCUCCAACUCCCACGUCCAGUUUGAGAUCCUCGGCUCGAGCUUCAGCGAGACCUUCGGCAAGGACAUCAAGAGGCUCGCCACGUGGGACUCGGUUCACGGCCUGAACGGCAGCCUGAAGGAGAGCCGGAUAGAGAACGGCAUGCAGGGAGUCACGGUCAAAGUGGUCACGUUACUGGAGGAUCCUUUUGUCAUGGUGGCGGAGAACAUCCUCGGGCAGCCAAAGAGAUAUAAAGGCUUCUCCAUCGACGUCCUGGACGCCCUCGCCAAGAUCCUGGGCUUCAAAUACGAGAUCUACCAGGUCGCGGACAGUAAAUAUGGAAGUCGGCUUCCCAACGGCUCGUGGAACGGCAUGAUCGGUGAUCUAAUCAACAAGAGAGCGGACCUGGCGGUGUCCGCCAUCACCAUCACGCCAGAACGGGAGAACGUGGUUGAUUUCAGCAAGCGCUACCUGGACUACAGCGUCGGCAUCCUGCUCCGAAAGCCCGAAGAGAAGAUCAACAUCUUCUCUCUGUUCGCGCCCUUCGACCUCGCCGUCUGGGCCUGCAUCGCCGCCGCAAUCCCCGUGGUGGGAGUGCUCAUAUUCCUCCUCAACAGACUGCAGGCGCUGCGCUCCUCGUCCCAGAACGCACCUCCCGGUCAGCCGGCUAACGGAGCAGGGUCGGGCACCCUGCACAGCGCCAUCUGGAUCGUUUACGGAGCGUUCGUGCAGCAAGGUGAGAAAAGGUCUUUCCAGGACCUGGCGAGGCAGAUCGACGUGGACUACGGCACCGUGAGGGACUCGGCGGUCUACGACUACUUCAGAAACAAAGGCACCAACCCUCUGGAGCAGGACAGCACCUACUCAGAGCUGUGGAGGACCAUCAGCAAGAACAACGGCAUGGAUUACUCCGUGUCCAGCCCGUCAGAGGGAAUACGCAAGGAGCAGAUCCCGGUCCUCUUGCUCUCCUACAGUAACUGGCCGUCUCCUGGAGUCUCCUCCAGGCUCCUCCAGGCUCUGGACACACAGCAAACCUCGAUGCGCCACCCUGGAGGAGUCGGACUACCUGUGGAAACUCUGGGAGGUCCAGGAUUAAUUGUUCUCUGCGUCUCACCUGCUGCUCUCCUCUCUUCUUCCAGGAUCUUGGAGCUGCAGGAGAAAGGCGACCUGGACAUCAUGAAGCAGAAGUGGUGGCCCCGCGCCGGCCGCUGCGACCUCAGCAGCCACGCCAGCGCCCACCCCGACGGCCGCUCCCUCAAGCUGCACAGCUUCGCCGGCAUCUUCUGCAUCUUGGCCGCGGGCCUGCUGCUGGCCUGCCUGGUGGCCGGGCUGGAGGCUUGGUGGAACAGCAACCACUGCCGCCAGGAGCAGCCCAAAGAGGACAAGGAGGUGAAUCUGGAACAGGUGCAUCGUCGUAUGAACAGUCUUUUGGACGAGGACUUGGUCCACAAGCAGAUCCCCGGCCCCUCUAUCGAGAUCUCUGCGCUGGACAUCGGCAGCAUGCAGCCCAGCCAGGCCUCUCUGGUCCCGGGCCCGGAGUCCAGGCGGGACUACCCGCCCUCGGGCCUCGCUGUGACCACCUUCCUCCCCGGGGAGGGGGCACCACCUCCUCCUCUUCCCCAUCCUCACCAUGGGGGGACCCUAGGCAGGACGCUACCCCCAUCCCAGGGCCCUGGCAGCAGCACGUUGCCCCCGCACCACCCGCUCAGCAGCACCAGCCUCAGCGGCACCAUGCAGUGCAAACACAGGGCACCCAACGGGGGGCUCUUCCGGCAGAGCCCUGGCAAGACACCCAUGCCAAUGUCCUACCAGGCAGUCUCCGCAGGACCCAUACCCGAAGCCAUUGAGGCCACCCACAGUACAUCGAUAUAAGAUCGGAGGGGUAAACGGGGGCGGUGGGUGGGAGGGAGGCUGCUCUCUGGACCUGGGUCCAGGUUCAGAUGCGAGGCGGGUUGAUGGGGAAAAUUAUUAUAGAGGAAAAAAACAUAUAUGUACAAAGUAAAAAGAUUUUGUAUCUCACUAUCUGUUCAGAAACACACACACGAAAAAUCUAACAAAAAACAACAAAAAGCGGCGGCGGGCUGGAGGGUGUAAUUUUUCUCGUGUACAUAUCUGUAAAUACCAAGAGAACGAAGUGAGGUUAAAGUGUAUUUUGAAUAUUCUCAAUUUUUGAAGUUGAGUUAUAAAAACAAACAAAAUGAGAUAAAAAAAAUAUAUAAACAUUGAUGAAAAAGUUAUGACUGUUUGAAUGGCUUUGUAAAUUUUGUUCAAACAAUGACGCGAAAUUCAUUGUGAUUGUUUUCUAAGUGCCGAAAUUAAACGAUGUCUCUCCACAACUCAUUGAUGUAAACGACUACCCAUGAUGCACCGCUGUAGGGACAUUUUUAGUGGUGGACACCUGCUGUUAUGCACCUCUGUACCAACCCUAUAUAUAUCUUCAGCAUCGGACAAAAAAAAAAUCACUCUUUGUUUUUUCCCCAUUUGUAUUAAAUAUAUAAUAUACAUAGUUUUUUCCAAGCGAAAGUCUACAUUCGUUUCUUACGUUGACUGUAAAUGAUGUUCGUUCAAACACUGAGGGGAAACAAGCGGGUUUUUAUUGGGUUCAUAUUUUACACACAGCUCAAUGGUUUGUUUUUAUAGCGAGUUUUUAUUUGGCGUCAGUACUGUCCAGGUGAGAGUCUGUUUGUGACGAGCAAAUGAGCAAAGAAGAGUACGUACGGCUGCGAGCGCACCGACCGCUGUCUUUAGGUCAAACGAUGAUGCAGUCGUGCAAACCUGGCCUCUUUGUGGAACAUGACAGGGUGUAGAACCGCGGUUCCCUACCCUCCCCUCUUAAUUUUAAAGUCAAAUAUCAUAUUUUUGAACUGUAAAUGCAGUCGCGCGUUCGACAGUUUCUGUAGUCCCGUUUAACCACUUACUACAAAAACCUUUUCUGGGUCACAUGUUUAGUGUUGCAUGAACCACAGACCUUUAGACAUCAAACAAAAACCAACCCGACUUCGAGAUGAGGAAACACAAAAACACUUGUUCUGGGUUUCAGAGAGAUGCUUGACCUUCUAAAUGAUGAAUAGUUUUAGAGUUCAUCUUCUUCAUUGCACCGCCAGCAAACCAGUGAAAAUCAGUUACAGUCCUUUUCUAUGAAACUCUGUCCAGAUGCUUUUAGACUAAUGAAAAGUUGGCACCAAUUUAAAACAAGUACUGGUAUGCUUCCCAACUCUGAGACAGACCCUCUUGUUAGCCAAAUAUAUACAAAAAAACAGAAAGAAACAGUAUCAGCCAGCCUGGUAUUCAUUUUAUUUGAUAUUUUCAAGCUUCUGUUUGCAUUUGAAGGAAGUGUCAGAUUCAAAUUGGUGCCAGAACGAUUGAUGGUUACUAAUUUAUUCAAACAAACUUCGACUGUUGCCAGAGUGGACAACAGUCGAAGUCUGAAAGUCUGAAAUUACAGACCUGAAACACAAGAAAAGUUGUGACAAACCAAACGUAUUUCCAUCCUUACUCUUACUAACCGACACUUUUGUUUUCAGGCAGUCGUAAAGCUUCGUUUGGGGCCAAAUAUCGAAGCUCGGCCGAGUUCCAACAGCGCUCGGUGUGAACGCAGCCUUAACCUUAAGAAAAAAUAUAAAGAUACUAAAUAUAUAUGUCUUUAAUUUUUAUACUCGAGAAUUUUACGUCACGCUCUCGUACGCAAGUUUCUUCUUGCAAAGCAGUGCAGUUAUUCUAACGAGGAGUGAGAGAGCGACUCAGAGAGGCAUCGUAUUUCCACAAGUCAUUCCUAAUGAGAUCCAUUAUCACCUGCAGGGAUGACAGAGGGCGUCAUUACCCAAAGUGCAGACAGAGGCUCAUGAUGAUGGCCGUUCUGCAGGUGCCAUACCUCAACUGCUAAAACAGAGGGAAGUUAAAUAUAUUUGCUAAACACUGGAUAGUUUUUUCUCUAUAGGAUACUGUAAGAGGAACAUUUAUGGUAAAAGUAUUUAACAACAGAAAUAUAUAAAACCGACCAUAUCACCCCCACCUUUUUGCUUUUACAAGCGCGGUUAACAUGCAUCUAUGGGCCUAAUGACUGUCGACUUCAUUUACAUUAGCCUGACGCUGGCUGUUCGGAUCCAUGUUGAUCACACGCAGUUUUCAGGACAUUAGCAGCAAAACGCAGACCCGCUCAUCUCAUUUAUAGGACGUGUACGUGGGCAGAGGAAACUGAGGAACCUUAACUUGUCAGAAUGAAGAGCUUUAGUUCCAAAACUCUGUAGAUCGGACAUCAAAUCUUGUGUUGUUGGUAGGUUUGUGGUUGUUGGACAGACGGCAGAUUAACUCGAUCAUUAAACUACAGACACGAGCGUUCUGUGGAGGUUUUACUGUCCGGUUCUGUCGCACAGCACUUCUUCCACACUGGGGAAACCCAGACUCACAGACUGAAAGAUUUUUAACUUCUAACAGCGAGUUGUUUUUGGGCAGUCCCUUAGAAAAGGUGACAUGUGAUUAAACGCCUGUUUUUAUAAACCUUGGUCCUGAUAAUCUUGUAGACCAGGGUUGGGGAACUCCAGGCCUCGAGGGCCGGUGUCCUGCAGGUUUUAGAUCUCACCCUGGGUCAA